GGGAUCCCGCAGCUGCUGCUGUCAGGAGCGUGCAGGAAUGUGUGUGUCUCUAGUCUCCUUGUGAGUGAAAUGACUCUAGGACAGCACUGCAGGCGUGUCUUCACUCCGUGCUUUGUAAGUAAACACAGUAUGAGUGUGUGUUCUGCUCCUGUCACUCAUAGCUCUUGAAGUAAUGGCUCCAGAGCGAAGAAGGACGCUGUCUGUCUGCUGGCUAACCCAUUGAGGACAUAAGUUACCCGGGUCCACAUGGCCUCUGUCACCGUCAGCUCGGCGGCUGAGAGCCCCGGGAAGAACCGCAAGUCCUUCUCGCUGCUCUUCUACCGGGCUGUGCGGGACCUGAAGCCGGUGUGGAUGCUGGAGGAAAUACGGACGAUGCAGACCUUUUACCAGGAGGACGCCAGCCAGAGGAGUUAUACCUCUUCGGAAGCAUUGCUAUACGCUAUAGUUCACGACCACCAGGCGUACGCCAAGUACCUGCUCAGCCGGUACACCGACCAAGCGCUAGCAAAGCCCGGGGAGCGCUUCUGCUGCUGCCCGUCCUCCGCCCCGCACCUGGCCAUGGCUGUCCGCUACGACAGGCGUUACAUCCUCGGCCUCAUCUUACAGGAGACACACCGGAUACCCAGCGCGACAUCCUACAGAGACGGGUGUUUUCACAUGGAGGACGGCAGGACCCCCCUGCAUCUAGCCUGCGAGCUCCUGCGGCCCGAGGCGGUCAUCAUGCUGCUGGGGAACGGAGCGGCCCCGCAAUCCCCGGACCACAACGGCCUGACCCCGCUGGAUGUCAUUCUGGAGAAACUCAGUGAGGGUAAAGAAGCGAGAUGCGGGGAGGGGAGGCAGUGUCUGGACAACCUGCUCAUGUUCAUACCAAAGGUUCACUUUAAGAUGCAGGGGGCUCUGAGCAGGGAGCCGGAGCGAUGGAGCGAGGUGCUGGGGGAGGAGACGCUCAGCUAUCUGUCCCGAAGUAGCCCGGCGCCGCUGCUCCUCACUGCCAUGCAGACUAUACUGAGGCAGCUCAGCCCGGCCACAUUCCCGGACAGUCUACACCAGCUACCCAUCCCCUCCUCCCUCAAACCCCUGGGCCUGCCCGAGGGCCAGCGCGACAUCAAGAGCGAUGUGUAGCAGCAGUGUGACAUGAUGCAUGCUCCAUUGUAAACAGUUGUGUCUUAGCAUGAUGUGUGAGAGUGUUAGAAGACUGUAUGCAGAGGAGGAAGAAGUACUCAGAUGUUGUACUUAAGUACUAGUAGAAGUAUCAGAGUGUAAAAAUACUCUG